GACCCGGCGCCCGGAAGCCUCUGGCUCUCUUUGACGCAGCGCGCGGACGAGCCGCCGUCGGCCGAGCGCCUGGACGGGGCCCCGGGCGUGGGUCCACGCGAGCCCCGGUCCAGCCCCGGCGCCGUGCCCGCGGCCAUGGAGUGUCCGCACCUCAGCGCCAGCGUCUGCAUCGCGCCCGACUCGGCCAAGUUCCCCAACGGCUCCCCUUCGUCCUGGUGCUGCAGCGUGUGCCGGUCCAACAAAAGCCCCUGGGUCUGUUUGACUUGUUCAAGUGUCCACUGUGGAAGGUAUGUGAAUGGCCAUGCAAAAAAACAUUAUGAAGAUGCACAGAUCCCCUUAGCCAAUCACAAGAAGCCGGAAAAGCAGGACCGGGCCCAGCACACGGUGUGCAUGGACUGCAGCAGCUACAGCACCUACUGUUACCGCUGCGAUGACUUCGUGGUGAAUGACACCAAGUUGGGACUGGUGCAGAAAGUGAGAGAACAUUUACAGAACUUGGAAAACUCUGCCUUCACAGCCGACAGACACAGGAAAAGAAAACUCUUGGAAAACUCAUCACUAAACAGCAAGUUAUUGAAAGUAAAUGGAAGCACCACUGCCAUCUGUGCCACGGGCCUCCGGAACCUGGGGAACACGUGCUUCAUGAACGCCAUCCUCCAGUCCCUCAGUAACAUUGAACAGUUUUGCUGUUAUUUCAAAGAACUGCCCGCAGUGGAGCUGAGGAACGGGAAGACGGCGGGGAGGCGAACCUACCGCACCCGGAGCCAGGGCGAAGGCAGCGUAUCUUUGGUGGAAGAGUUUAGAAAGACUCUCUGUGCUCUGUGGCAAGGUAGCCAGACUGCAUUUAGUCCAGAGUCCUUAUUCUACGUUAUUUGGAAAAUUAUGCCAAAUUUUAGGGGCUACCAGCAGCAGGACGCCCACGAGUUCAUGCGCUACCUUCUGGACCACCUGCACCUGGAGCUCCAAGGCGGCUUCAACGGGGUCUCACGCUCGGCCGUGCUGCAGGAGAACCCCACCCUGUCCUCGGGCAACAAGUGCUGCAUAAAUGGAGCCUCUACAGUGGUCACGACUAUAUUUGGAGGCAUUCUUCAGAACGAGGUCAACUGCCUCAUAUGUGGAACAGAAUCUAGAAAGUUUGAUCCAUUCCUAGACCUUUCAUUAGAUAUUCCAAGUCAGUUCAGGAAUAAGCGUUCUAAGAAUCAAGAAAAUGGACCAGUUUGUUCAUUACGAGAUUGUCUCCGCAGUUUCACUGACUUGGAAGAACUUGAUGAAACAGAGUUGUACAUGUGCCACAAAUGCAAAAAGAAACAAAAGUCUACUAAAAAGUUUUGGAUUCAGAAACUACCCAAGGUGCUCUGCUUGCAUUUGAAAAGAUUUCAUUGGACAGCGUAUUUAAGAAACAAAGUCGAUACGUAUGUAGAGUUCCCACUGAGAGGCCUAGAUAUGAAAUGCUACUUACUAGAGCCCGAGAACAGUGGCCCGGAGAGCUGCCUGUACGACCUCGCCGCGGUGGUGGUGCACCAUGGGUCAGGAGUUGGCUCUGGACAUUAUACGGCAUAUGCCACGCACGAAGGCCGCUGGUUCCACUUCAACGACAGCACUGUGACGCUGACGGACGAGGACACCGUCGUGAAAGCGAAAGCUUACAUCCUGUUCUACGUGGAGCGCCAGGCCAAGGCCGGAUCAGAUAAACUCUAAUACCUCUUCUCAAUCAUUAUUCAUCGACUAUACCGGACAAACAUUUCCAAUUUUCCAUAAAUACUUGAUCCAAGAUUUAAUUUCAUUAUGCACUUUUCAAUUUCCUAUUUUGGGUUUAGUUUCGUCAGUGGUAGUGACUUAUUGAACUUGGGCACCAACUAAUUUUUGUUUUUAGUUCUACCAGAAAACCUCAGCAGAUAUUUUGAUUUGCUGCUUUAGUUGUAAUAAUUGUUUUAUAUGUUAGUUUCAAGGACUUAGUUCUAUUUGACCUUUUUUAUAUUAAUGCGUUCAGUUCUCACUUGGAGGCACAUUUAUGUCGAAGUUUUUGUUAGUCACAUGCUGAAAGCAAGGUCUGUUCGGGGUGGGGAGGAGCAUGCGCCCUCCCUCCCUGCCUGCCAUCUUUCCCCAGGUGGAGUGGAGAUCAGGUUGGUCCUGAAUCAAAGCUCACGGGUGCACGGAUCUGGGGGUCCAUAGGCUUCAGUGAUGCUUAGUCGUCCUUCUCCUGUCAGAGAUCAGCAUCAUUAGGCAGAUGAGGUAGUUCCACGCAGACAUUGCCGCUGGGCGCACCUUUCCAGCCUGCUGUUUAUCAGCCCUAACUAAAUAAAUUUGUUGGUUCAGUUGUAACUGUACUGCAAAUUGAAGAAUUGCUGGUUGUUGUUUUUUUCCUGUUUAUUGGGAAUUUGUGUUUGUGCAUGUUUUUUUACAUGAAGAAGAUAGCAUAGAGAAAUCCAGGUGAUACCAAAUGCAUUGUGCUUAAAAUUUCCAACUCAGCUCCAUGGUAUGUGUUACCCGAAUAGAGGAAAGCACGGAAUUUCUUCCUUUAAAUCCACAUCUCAUCCCCACUAGCGGUAGCUCCGACAGUCACGCAUGUCUGCUCUCUGCGGCAGGAAGGGGGUUGGCGUCUACGGUCCUUGCGAGUCAGUAGGCCCAGAGCAGAGCACGUCGAAGAUACUCUCCCGUUGCAUAUGUAGAGCUUCUAUCCUUGAGUUUGUCUUCAUUUUAUUUUUAUUUAGCCUUAUUUUCUUUUAGCUAAAUUCUGUUCUUGAGUAAUCUUCAUUUUAAAAUUACAAAAAAUGUGGGAAAACACUAUUUAGAUUUAACUUGUAUUGAAAUUUGGAACCAGAAUCCGAUCUGAAGGUAUUUAUGAUUUUUGCCAUUAUUCCAAAUCAGUCCGUUGGCUUUGGGGUAGGGGUGGUGUUACUUGAAAGUUACGUCUAAGCAGAGAGGGCUCCAAAGUAAGCCAGGAGGGGUCGGACCACACAGUUCUUACGUUACUCUCUUGUUCCAAUAAUUUUCUCCCCUUCUCAAUUUUCUACACGUUGUUACAAGGGGCAGAAUGUAUUUUAUGUGAAGCCAGCCAACGAGACUUUUGGGAAACUUGCUUUUUUCUAUUAAAGGGGGAAAUGGUCACUAUUUUAACAGGUAUGAAUAUGAAGUCAGGUGGCUCUCUUCCUUGAUGGCUAUUGGAGGUCGAGGGAGCAAAUGUGGCUCCAUUUCUACUUUAGUAUUAGCUGGCCAAAAAUCUUACUUUCUUAGAUCAGAGCACGUCUGCUACAUGCUUUAAAGUGGCUAGGCCCCAACUGCAGUUACGUCUAAACACGUACUAUCCCAACACAGUGGCCACUCCCCAGAUGUGGUUAUUCACACUUCAGUUAAGUUCAUUGAAAAACUCAGUUCUUCAGUCACUCUGAGCGCACUCAGGGCUCAGCAGUACCUGGCUCAGCCGUGGCCGUGGGCUUCUGUCGGGUGGAGUUUCUCCCGGACGGCGCAGGUCUCGGGUUUGGCCCUACAGCGAAACUUCGCCGUCAGGUUUAGAUCUGCCGAGAAUCUCAGCCAGUUUCCCGCCGUGAGCAGCGCGGCCUUGCGGAGGAGAGGGCCUGGGGCCGGGGGCGCCGUUUGUGGGGCUGGGGUGUACUUUUGCUUGGUCACUUGAGGGGGUUUCUGGAGAGUGGGGUGCCGAGCAGUUUUUAGGGCAAAGUACACCAGAUAUGUUUGGGAAACUGGUCUUAGAGGAAUUAUGUAUUUUAAAGUGUUUGUAAUGCUAAAUUAAAGUAGAUCAGGCAUAUGAAACGGUGACGGUUUUUAUCUAUGAAACAUUAGUUUCACAUCAUUUGAUUUAAUAUGUAACACAGCUAGAAAUUAGUGACCUGGACACAGGCCCCUCCUCCGGCCCUCGGGGAAGCUCAGUGAGGGCGAGCCCAGCCUCUUCUCCGGGGCUGGCGCAGCCGCGGGCUUCGAGCAGUCACUGCAGGCGCGUCGGCGUCUGAUGGGCAGCUGUCUGCCGUGACGUCAGCACCCGACAGGGUUGGUGGGGAAAAGCCCUUUCGUGCCAAAUGGAACUCGGUACAAAGUGGAUCCGGUUGUUAGAGAAAAUGGUCUUCGGACAGGCAGCACUUGACGGAAGAGAUAAACUCCUCUUUUUUUUUUUUUUUUUUUUGGUCGUGCUCAGUUAUGGCUCAGUUUUAUGUAAGCAUCCAGAUCCUAUCAUGAAGUCCCUUUGGAAAAGCCCUUGCGCCCGUUGUCUGAACUGUGUGCUUGCACACCAAUGAUGUAAAUGUGCCUGUUUGUAUUUGAAAUUUUUAACUGUGUAGCCGCAUUAUACUUAUUUUAAAAGCCG